CGCUCGCUCUCACGAGCGAAAGUUUUAACUGUGGGUGUCGCCUUUUACGUGUCAAGCUAGCCGCCCUGCACACUUUACUCUUCUGAGUUAAGCGGCGGUAAUGCCUACUUAGCGCCCAAGCUGAUUUUUCUAGGAAGGAGGAGGAAGCGUAACUUUUCCGACCGAAAACGCUGCCUUUACUCGAGUACAACUGCUGCUUCCCCCGAUGACGUCCACGUUCUCAGCUUGGUUUUGGAGCGAGAAAUUUUGGCUUCCCCAAAAUGUUUCCUGGGCGGAUCUGGAGCAUCCACCACCUGGCGUGGAUUACCCUCGAGUGGGAGACUUGCUGUACGCCCUUCCGCUAUCCGUCGGGAUUUUUGUGCUAAGGAUCCUAUUCGAAAGGCUAGUGGCCAAGCCCUGUGCCCACAUACUCCAGAUUCAGGCGGGAGUGCAGCGACAAGCCCAGCCCAAUGCUGUCCUGGAGAAGCUGUAUCAAUCAAAAACGUGUCCAGAUGCAAAGCAACUGGAAGGACUUUCCAAGCAACUGGACUGGGAUGGACGGAAAAUACAGAGAUGGUUUCGCAUCCGGCGCAAUCAAGACAAACCCAGCAUGCAGACAAAGUUCUGUGAGAGCAUGUGGCGGUUCACAUUUUACUUGGGGAUUUUUAUUUAUGCCAUUCAUCACUUAUGGAGGUCGCCCUGGAUGUGGAAUACCCGACGAUGCUGGGACACGUAUCCCUUUCAGCAUCAGAGUCAUCAACAAUUGAAUCACUAUGUGUCUGAGCUGGCUUUCUACUGCUCCCUGAUGUUUUCCCAGUUCACUGACAUAAAACGUAAGGAUUUCUUCAUCAUGCUCGUGCACCACCUGGCCACCAUUUUCCUCAUCACCUUCUCCUACGCCAUCAACAUGUUAAGAGCAGGCACUCUGGUCAUGUGUGUGCAUGACGCAUCAGACAUCUUCCUUGAGGCAGCCAAGCUUGCCAACUACGCCAAAUACCAACGGCUGUGCGAUGGCCUGUUUGUGGUGUUCAGCAUCAGCUUUUUCAUCGCUCGCCUUGUCAUCUUUCCUUUCUGGAUUAUUAACAGCGUUCUAUUUGAGAGCUGGGAGAUCGCAGGCCCAUACCAGGCCUGGUGGGUGCUGAACGGUUUACUUUUGGUCCUGCAGACUCUUCAUGUUAUCUGGUUCUACCUCAUUGCGCGCAUUGCAAUUAAAGCCAUAUUUAAGGGAAAGGUGGCUAAAGAUGAGCGCAGCGACAUCGAGAGCAGCUCAGACGAGGAGGUUCAUUCCAGCGGCGGUAAACACCCCAAUCAGGCAAAAGGCCCCACCAGUAACAUCAAUGGAGAAAAGCGUGACCGCUGAGGACAAAGUGUGGAAAUUCACUUGGGUGGAUUGUUCACUUCCAUUGUGUCUUUGCAACUCACCAUGUCACUUUUGACCAUCGUAGAAGAUAACCAAAGAAAAGACUGUGUGCGGGAUACAGCUGAUCCUUUUUACACGUUGUGAUGUUUACACCUGCUUUAUGCUUGCAAAAGUGACCAGAAGAAAUGUUGGAGCAAACAAGUUGGGUUUGCCUUCUCGUUGUGUACGUUUGCGUGCGUGCGUGCGCGCGCGCUCGUGUUUGUCAGAAAUUGCGAAACAGAUCGACACAACUGUCAAUACCAUUUCAUAAAAUGAAUUACAUUUUAUUACAGAUUGUACCAUUUUUUUUUUCUACAGCUAAGAAACAAAUCCCAGAAUCUUCCUUAACACUUCAGACUUUCAGGAUUUCCAAAUACAAAAUAUAUUUGCUGUAUAAAACACUCUUGUACCAAAC